CGUCAUCAUCCGCACACCAUCGCCAAAAUCAACGCAGCUUCCUCUCGCCAAGUCGAACCAUUCGUUAAGUAUUGUUUGUACUUCAGCGUAGUGACAAUGGCGAGGCGAUCCGCCCGGCUUCAGAAGCGGUCGCCCACUCCGGCCCUUGAGGGUAACUCCAACCUCGAGACCGCUCCAACUGGCCAAACGCCGCAGAAAAAAAAUCUGGCUUCAGUCUCCGAGCAUGUAGAAUUUGAUUCCGCGAUGAAGGCGCCGCCUAGGCCCGCCGUCCAGGACAAACGCGACGAGAAGCCCAAACCAGCGUCAAAGCUGCCACAGCCGUCCAAUACCGCGACCCCACACAAGAACACGGCAUCAACCUCUCUUCUGUCUGCUCUCUCGACCACUACGCCCAAGGAUCGGAUUGCAAACAAGCCGGCCUCGGAGUUGAUGCAUCCCGAACACUACCAUCCAAACACUGUGAAGGUCCUGGACAAGACGGGUCGGCUCGGUGUGCAGGUGCUUGGGUCGCAGACAGCACCGCCCAAGGCGACCGAAAGUGUUGUUCUAGGAGAUGCGACACCGUCUAAGACCCAGCUGCCGACCCCGACUCCCAGGAGGACGACAGUGGCUUCUUCGCCGGCGUUCAAGUUUAGCUUCAAAGCACCCAUUUCCGCCCUGAGCCCCACCGCCAGUCGUAUACUACAAGAAGGCGAGGAGAAGGAUGCUUUGUCUACUGGUCCUGGUCUGUUCGACGACAAGAUCUCCGCUGCUGUUGAUAUAUCGCCGCGCAAGAUGGCGAAGCCGAAGGGGAAGAAGUCCCGAUUCAGUGAUGCACACAUGGCCGAGUUCAAGAAGAUGGACUCUAUCGCUAAUCACCCAUCUGCUUUCCGGGCUGACCCGAAUCGCUUCAAACCAGCCAGCGCGUUCCUUAAGCGGACUCAAUCCAAGACUGAGCUUGAUAAGGAGAUGCCGACUGUGAAGGGCGGAAACAAGUUGAAGCGUACGCAGUCCAAGAUGGAUAUGACCGAGUCGAAGAUGGAUCCGCCUGCUCCGAAGCUGAUCGCAACCCCACUGAAGCACGCGCAGAAAGAGCCAGAGCCCUCAAAGAGCAAUCCCCCACGUUCACAAUCGACAGUGCGGCUGGUUCCAUCCUCGCGCGACGGCGGCCCUGGAACGUCAAGUUCGGAGGCCGCGCCCAAGCGGUUCAAGCGCAAGAAGGAGGAUGAUGCAGCGUCCACUCGUCCCCCGACACAGGAGGAGCAGGCACAGCCAGAAAAGGCAAAGACCCCAGCGCUUCCGCUUCAAUCUCACCGCCGUCUUCCUCGUCCAACUUCGAGGCUUAUGACGCCUACGAAGGCUUCUCUUAUGCGGUCGCAGAGCGCAAAGACCGUCAAGACUACGUCGAUGCUGCCGUCCCUGUUCCGCUCUCCGUCGGCAAAGACACUUCUUUCUCCCACUAACAUUGGCGAGACCGUGAAGGAGGGUGUGCGUGAAGGGCUGCGUAAGACGAGCGAUUCUUUGCACAAAAUGCGCUCUAUCCUGCGCACUCCAAGACCCAAGUUCUCUGACGAUCCCGCAAAGAUUGCUGCAGGAACUCACAUGUCUCCACCUCCCUUCCUUGGAUUUACGAAUGCUUUCCCACAUGGUGCCGCUACCACUCCUCGGAAGCAUGUCAACUUCACCAGCAGUACUCUGGAGAAAGCUGCCCGAGACGAGCUGGCCAACUCUCCGUCCCCGGUUAAGGUCCGGGCAAGCUCAGAGGCCUCGACUAGCACCGUUCCGUACCCCAAGUUGCACGACGAGGUGGACUACCCUGAACUUGCAAGUGAAGAAGAGACUAGCCCCACUCAGCCUGUCUCUCGCCGCUUGACCUUCGGCGACGCUACCGAGACGGCGUCCAUGCCUUUCUCGUUCCAGUCUGACACUACCAUCAAGUUCGAUGAUACCUCUAGCGGCACCAUCCGAAUGGUCAGGAAGAGCGACGCGUCAUCGCUUGCCGAAGGAAAGAAGCGCAAGAUUGAGACGUUCGAACAAGGUUCCGACAAGGAGAACGUGGAACCCACCGGAGAUGAGAUGCGUUCCGCAAAGAAACCCCGAACGGCCUCCGCUGAGCCUCCAAAGACACCUUCGAACGCAAGCAAACUGCCACGUCGCACCCCGAAUGCUCGUGGAUCUACUAUCAGCAAAUCCAGGCUUGCCUUCUUGGCCACCCCUAAGCGCUCCAAAGCUUAGUCUGCUUUACGAAGGAAGCUUCUCUUGAUGCACAUGACACAAUGACACGACCUUCUCACGAAAACGUUUUCCUAUGUUCCCAACUCACAUUCGGUAUCAUAUGAACCAGCUGAUGUUAGCUGGUCGCAAUCACACGGCGUCAAGGAGUGGGGUUGAGCAUUUGGGGACUCUGGAUGUCUACUCACGAUUCUUCUCUCCAUUGCCACUUCAAGGCUCAUUUUCCUUUUUCUUUUCUCUCUUGAUUCACUCCUCUCGUGUGUAUCUACGCAUCUUGCUGGACUGGUAAUGGUUGGCGGUUGGCGUUGGUCGGCCAGCGGUGAUGACGAGGAGUUUGCUGCGCAUUUGGCGGCGAUGAGAAGGACUGAUGAUUGAUUGCAUUAUGAACGGUUCUGUCGAAUGUGGUGCCACUGCUAUCCAA